GUCAUUUAAAGUGUAUAAUUUUAUGACUUUUGACAAAUUUAUGUAUAACAUCUUUUAGAUAACAAGAUUUGUACUUGAAAUGGAUACUUUCAAAUGCUGUGGAAAUUUGUCAUGUAUAGUGAUAGAUUUUAAAUAUGUUGAAACAUGGAACUGCCAAAAUGAGGCCAUCCUUCACUUAGAAAAUGGCAAUUACACAUGGCUCAAUUUAACACAAUUACAUUUUAUCUAAUCAAGUACAGGCAUACCUUGGAGAUAUUGUGGAUUUGGUUCUAGACCACUGCAAUAAAGCAAAUAUUGCAAUAAGGCAAGCUGCACAAUUUUUUUUGAUUUCCCAGUGCAUAUGGAAGUUAUGUUUACAGGACCCUGUAGUCUGUUAAGUGUACAAUAGCACUAUGUCUAAAAAAAUGUACAUACCUUAACUGAAAAUACUUCAUUGCUAAAAAAUGCUAAUGAUUAUCUGAGCCUUCAGUGAGUCAUAAUCUUUUUGCUGGUGGUUGCUACAGCUUGGGGUGGCUGUGGCAAUUUCUUAAAAUAAGACAACUAUGAAGUUUGUCACAUCAAUUGACUCUUCCUUUCUCGAUAGAUUUCUCUGUAGUACACGAGGCUCUUUGAUAGCAUUUAAUCCACAACAGAACUUCUUUUAAAACUGGAGUCAAUCCUCUCAAACCCUACUACUGCUUUAUCAGCUAACUUUAUGUAACAUUCUAAAUCCUUUUUGUCAUUUCAACAAUGUUCACACAUCCUCACCUGAAGUCAAGUCCAUAUCAAGCAACCACUUUCUUGUUGCUCAUCUGUAAGAAGCAAUUCCUCAUCUAAUCAAGUUUUAUCAUGAGAUUGUAGCAAUUCAGUCAAUGCUCAGGCUCCACUUCUAGUUCUAGUUCUCUUGCUAUUUCCUCUACAUCUGCAGUUACUUCCUCCCCUGAAGUGUUGAACCCCUCAAAGUCAUCCAUGUGGAUUGAAAUCAGCUUCUUUGAAAUUCCUGUUCAUGUUGAUAUUUUGACCUCCUCCCAUGAAUCACAAAUGUUUUUAAUGGCAUCUAGAAUGGUGAAUCCUUUCUAGAAAGUUUUCAGUUUAUUAUUCCAGAUCCAUCAGAGGAAUCACUAUGUACGGCAGCAAUAGCCUUACAAAUUGGAUUUCUUAAAUAAUAAGACUUGAAAGUCUAAAUUACUCCUUGAUCCAUGAAUGGCAGAAUGGACGUUGUCUAAAGAGGCAUGAAAGCAACAUUCAUCUCCGCAUAUAUCUCCAUCAGAGCAAUAAACUGAAAUAUGCUUGUAUUUAAAAAUAAAGUCAAAGCUCUUUUUUUCAGCACAUACAGAUGUCAGCAUACUCAUCUUAACAAUUCACUAAUAAAAUUGACUAAUCAUCACAUGCGAACCAUUUUGACUUUAUUUCUUUCUAACAAAGGAUUAAUUCAUACAAACACACAUGCAUGCACACACACACACGCAUACACACACGUGCAUGCAUCUUAUGUAUUUUUAAAUUCAAAAAAAAUUUAAUUUUUAAUUUAAAUGCAGGUGCACAAAAAUGUUAGCUAGUUAAGCUACUGUAUUUAAGCUAAGACUCUCCUUCAACAAAUCUGCAAGGUGAGAUUUGUUUGCAAAAAGUCCUUAUUUUGGUGCAUAUAUUCUUGACAGCUCUCUUCUUUUGAAUGCCAAUACAUUUUGAUAUAAAAAACAGUGGUACUCUGAUCUCAUGCUUCACUGGAAACUGAAACCAGAUGGACCCUAAGAGCUUGUAUUUUGUUAGAUUCACCAUUUUAGUUUCAUCAUUCAAUGUGCAGUUUAGAGCCACAGGCAAACAUUUACAUAUGAGAGCUUGUCUAUGAAUAAACAACAUGUGUUACUUGAAUCUCAGGGUUUCAGAUAAAAUUCAUGUUAUAUAGGGCUUCACAUCUUCCUGACAUUGUGACCAAAUCAUGAGUGCACAAACCCUUGCAGUGUUUCCAUCCUAUUUCUUUUCUUCCCCCCCCGAUCUACAUUUAUUACCUCAAAUAAUUAAUCUGCAAUAGUUUCAUUUAGCACUUUGGUUCUGGAACAAAUAAUUUCUCUUUGUGCCUUGUAAUUAGUGCUAUAAAUGGACAGAGUUACUCAUAUAUGUACUUAUACCAAUCAAUUGAUAAUCUUCUGAAUCUUCUGAAUUAGUGUGGUUUCUACAUUAUAUGAAAUGUCAUCCAUGUGUCCACUAAUAGUAUCAUCUGAUGGGGCACUCCUUUCUGUUUCUUUCUUUUGCUUUUAGGGUCCCAAUUAGGCUGUUGACAAUUUCCAUCGAGGUAGGUAAACAGUGCAAUUCUGCGUUUGUGUGGCAUUUUAGCUUCAGCAAUUAUUUUCAUGACUUUGUAACCAUGCUCUGGUAUUGUUAGCAAUCUCUCAAAAAAGUUUAUUUAUUAUUUUGUACAUGUGGAUGCACAAAAAUUUUUUUUGUUUAAUAUGUAGAAGUAGGGUUGAGGUGGUGGUGUAGUUUGCAUGGUGCCAUUGCUUCAUUUGAUAACUACAAAUAUGAUGCCUUGGAAGAGUAGACUUAUCAGAGCAGAGAAGACAAAUCAACAUUUGCGACAGCCCUUAUAAAUUACUGAAUUAGUAAUUCAAACUCCUUUUGUUUUAAAUUGCUUUGUCUGUCUUAUGAAUCUGAGAGCCCUUAACAUUUAAUUAAAAAACUUUUCAUAAAUACAUAUAAAAAGUAAAUAUUUAAAUACAAAAUAUUCCAUGAGACUAGAGGCCUUCAUAGCGUCAGAAUAUCUUUUGAUCAAUAUAUUUUUAAGUCAUCUUCAUUCUUAAGAAUGUUUUAAAGGGUGCCGGAAGUGCUUCUCCCUGAUGGGGGCUGUUCAUGGAGGUUCCAGGGUUUCCAACAUUUUUCUCGGCUGUGGUUCUAAAUCUGUCCAAAGCAGAGGCAGUGGAGCUUGAGUUCUUGCUCAUGUAAAUGACUAAGUACAAACUGGUGGUGGUUGGAACUGGUGAUGUUGGGAAAAGCACGCUGACCAUCCAGCUAAUCCAGAACCACUUUGUAGAUGAGUAUGAUCCCACCAUAGAGGAUUCUUACAGAAAACAGGUGGUUAUAGGUGGUGAAACUUGUCUGUUGGACAUACUGGUUACAGGUGGACAAGAAGAGUACAGUGCCAUGAGAGACCAAUACAUGAGGACAGGAGAAUACUUUCUCUGUGUAUUUGCCAUCAAUAAUAGUGAGGCAUUUGUGGAUAUUAACCUCUAUAGGGAGCAGAUUAAGCAAGUAAAAGACUCGGAUGAUGUACCUAUAGUGCUAGUGGGAAACAAGUGUGAUUUGCCAACAAGGACAGUUGAUACAAAACAAGCCCAUGAACUGGCCAAGAGUAAUGGGAUUCCAUUAAUUGAAACCUCAGCCAAGACCAGACAGGGUGCUGAAGAUGCUUUUUACAUACUGGUAAGAGAAAUAUGCUAGUACCGAGUGAAAAAACACCAACAGCAGAGAUGAUGGGACUCAGCGUUGUAUGGGAUUGCCAUGUGUGGUGAUAUAACAGGAUACUUUUAAAGAAGAGUCACUUUCAAGCUGCACUGACACCCUGGUCCUGACUUCCCUGGAGGAGAAAUAUUCCUGUUGCUAUCUUCAGUCUCACAGAGAAGCUCCUGCUACUUCCCCAACUCUCAGUAGUUUAGUACAGUAUUCUCUAUUUGAGAAGUUCUCAGAAUAACUGCCUCCUCACUUGGCUGUCUGACCAGAGAAAUGCGCCUCUUGUUACUCCCUGUUCUUUUUCUGCCUUGGGUUCUUCCACAACACAAACACACCUCUGGCACCCCAGGUUUUUCAUCUGAAAAGCAGUUCAUGUCUGAAGCAGAGAACCAAACUGCAGAUGUGAAAUUCUAUUGAAAACAGUGUCUUGAGCUCUAAAGAAGCAACUGUUGGUGAUGUUUUUUUCUUUUUACUGUUGAACUUAGAACUAGGCUAGUUUUUUGGAGAAAUGUCAUAAAUUUGUCAAGAAUAUGUUUGGUUUGUUUAUAAUGUUAUUGGUUGUCUUCUCUAAACAGGCAUUUGUUCUAGAUGCAUAAAUACAAAAAUGAAACUGAAAUUUGAGUCUAUCCUAGUCUUCCCAACUUUCAUGUAGUUAAAUCCAACUUUCACAGUGAAGUGCCUUUUUCCUAGAAGUGGUUUGUAGACUUCCUUUAAAAUAUUUCAGUGGAAUAAGUGUCACAAAAAUCCUUAUGCAUGAAAAUGAAUGUUUGAGAUACAUCUGUGACUUCUCUACCAUUGAGGGAAAGCUAUAUCUAUAUGAGAGCAGAUGCCAUUUUGUACAUGUAUAUAAGUUGGUUUUCCAGAGGCCUGUUUUGGGGCUUUCCCAGGAGAAAGAUGAAACUCUAAGUGUAUGCAUAAUUUCACUAAAUUUUUACCUAAUCUCCACUUUUUGCAUAGGUGGCUACCUGUAAAAUGUAUGUAGUUUAUUUCCUCUGGUUUACUGAUAAGCCUAACACUUAAUGAACUUCCAUUUGUAUUCAAAUUUGGAUCAUACCAGAAAGCUCUACAUUUGCAGGGGUUCAAAUAUUAUAAAACUCUGGUGUAUUGUUAUUUAAUAGCUGUGAUCAGUGAUUUUCAAACCUCAAAUAUAGUAUAUUAACAAAUUACAUUUUCACUGUAUAUCUUAAUGAUGUAUAUAAUUGCCCUCAAUCCCCCUCUAACCCUACCCUAUACAACUCCCCCCAUAGCAAUAGGGGCUUGAUUGUUUCACUUGAGUAAAGCAUGGUGCUAAUGGACUAGGGUCACAGUUUCAAAACUUGAACAAUCCAGUUAGUAUCACAGAGAAACAAAUUCUUCCACAUUUGCUCAUUGCACCAGUAACUCCAGCUAGUAAUUUUGCUGGGUGCCACAGUUAGCCUUGCAAGGAAGGAAGAGGUCAGUUAGCACCAGCCCUUUACCAUGAGUAAAAACUCAGUAUUCUGGCCGGGCGCAGUGGCUCAAGCCGGUAAUCCCAGCACUUUGGGAGGCCGAGGCGGGUGGAUCACAAGGUCAAGAGAUCGAGACCAUCCUGGAAAACAAGGUGAAACCCCGUCUCUACUAAAAAUACAAAAAAUUAGCUGGGCAUAGUGGUGCGUGCCUGUAAUCUCAGCUACUCGGGAGGCUGAGGCAGGAGAAUUGCCUGAACCCAGGAGGCGGAGGUUGCGGUGAGCCGAGAUCGUGCCAUUGCACUCCAGCCUGGGUAACAAGAGCGAAACUCGGUCUCAAAACAAAACAAAACAACUCAGUAUCCCAUUUUGGCCCCGUUGAGAAACUUCUGUGCUUAGAACAUACUUGAGAAAACUGUAAGUACAUACAUACAAGGGCUAUUGGCACAAGAGCCCAAGGUGAGUAACUAUCUUUCUCCCUAAUUUGAUAUCAAAUUAAGUGGAUUUUUAAGAAAAAGAAUCACAUUUUUGUGCACCAGCCCUUUACCAUGACUGGAAAACUCGAUAUUUAAAACUAUUUUAUUUAAGCCGUGUAGAAACUCUAAAUUAAGUAAGUAUUCUUAUUUGAGAAUGAGGAUGUCUUAGCUGAAAAAUGUUUUAAAUUUUCUUUAUUCAUAAUGUUUUUUGAAGGGUUUAAAACAAGAUGUUGAUAAAUCUGUCUCAGCUGAUGAGUUUGCUCAAAACAGGAAGUUGAAAUUGUUGAGAGAGGAAUGGAAAAUAUAAUUAAUUGAUAGUUAUGAGGAUUAGGAGGCUUGGCAUUUUCAUCUGCAGAUAAUAGCCUGGUAAUUCUCAUGAAAAAUAGACUUGGAUAACUUUUGAUAAAAGUCUAAUUCCAAAAUGGCCACUUUGUUCCUGUCUUCUAAUAUCUAAAUACUUACUGAGGUCCUCCAUCUUCUAUACUAUGAAUUUUCAUUCAUUAAGCAAAUGUCAUAUUACCUUGAAAUUCAGAAAAGAAGAAACAUAUACUGUGCUCAGAGUAUAAUGAACCUGGAGAGUUGUGCUCCUUACUGCUAAUUCUGGGAGCUGUCAUGGUACGGUCAUCAUUUGUAAACGGAAAUUCUGCUUUUCUGUUUGUACUCCUUUGGGAGCAGUGUUACUCUGUAAUUUUCCUUAGGCUUAUCAUCUCAGUCAUUUUCUUUUUAAUUUAAAUUUUUAAAUUUUUAAAAUUUUAUUUUUAUUUUUAUUAUACUUUAAGUUCUGGGGUACAUGUGCAAAUCUUGCAGGAUUGUUACAUAGGUGUACAAAUGCUAUGGUGAUUUGCUGCCUCCAUCCCCCCUUCACCUACAUUAGGUAUUUCUCCUAAUGUUAUCCCUCUGCAACCUCCCCAUCUCCCACUGUCCCUCCCCUAGACCCCCAACAGACCCCAGUGUAUGAUGUUCCCCUCCCUGUGUCCAAGUGUUCUCAUUGUUCAACACCCACUUAUGAGUGAGAACAUGUGAUGUUUGGUUUUCUGUUCUUGUGUCAGUUUGCUGAGAAUGAUGGUUUCCAGAUUCAUCCAUGUCCCUACAAAGGACACAAACUCAUCAUUUUAUGUGGCUGCAUAGUGUUCCAUGGUAUAUAUGUGCCACAUUUUCUUUAACUAGUCUAUUCUUGAUGGGCAUUUGCAUUGGUUCCGAGUCUUUGCAAUUGUAAACAGCACUGCAGUGAACAUACAUGUGCAUGUGUCUUUAUAAUAGAAUGAUUUAUAAUCCUUUGGAUAUAUAACCAGUAAUGGGAUUGCUGGGUCAAAUGGUAUUUCUAUUUCUAGAUCCUUGAGGAAUUGCCACACUGUCUUCCACAAUGGUUACACCAAUUUAGACUCCCACCAACAAUGUAAAAGUGUUCCUAUUUCUCCACAUCAUCUCUAGCAUCUAUUGUCUCCAGAUUUUUUAAUGAUCAUCAUUCUAACUGGUGUGAGAUGGUAUCUCAAUGAGGUUUUGAUUUGCAUUUCUCUAAUGCCCAGUGAUGAGGAGCAUUUUUCAUAUGUUUGUUGACUGCAUAAAUAUCUUCUUUUGAAAAGUGCCUGUUCAUAUCCUUCACCCACUUUUCAAUGGGUUUGUUUUUUUCUUGUAAAUUUGUUUUAGUUCUUUGUAGAUUCUGGAUAUUAGCCCUUUGUCAGAUAGGUAGCUUGCAAAAAGAUUUUUUCAUUCUGUUGGUUGAAGAGGAGCUGGUACCAUUGGCUCAGCCCAAAAUCUCCUUAAGAUGAUAAGCAACUUCAGCAAAGUCUCAGGAUACAAAAUCAGUGUGCAGAAAUCACAAGCAUUCCUAUACACCAAUAACAGACAAACAGAGAGCCAAAUCAAGAGUGAACUUCCAUUCACAAUUGCUACAAAGAGAAUAAAAUACUUAGGAAUACAACUAACAAAGGAUGGGAAGGACCUUGUCAAGGAGAGCUACAAACCACUGCUCAAGGAUAUAAGAGAGACACAAAUGAUGGAAAAACAUUCCAUGCUCAUGGGUAAGAAGAAUGAAUAUCUUGAAAAUGGCUAUAUUGUCCAAAGUACUUUAUAGAUUAAAUGCUAUCUCCAUCAAGCUACCUAUGACCCUCUUGACAGAACUGGAAAAAAACCACCUUAAACUUCAUAUGGAACCAAAAGAGAGCCCACAUAGCCAAGACAAUCCUAAGCAAAAAGAACAAAGCUGGAGCCAUCGUGCUACCUGACUUCAAACUAUACUACAAGGCUACAGUAAUCAAAACAGCAUGGUACUGGUACCAAAACAGAGAUAUAGACCAGUGGAACAAAACAGAGGCCUCGGAGGCAAAGCCACACAUCUACAACCAUCUGGUCUUUGACAAACCUGACAAAAACAAGCAAUGGGGAAAGGAUUCCCUGUUUAAUAGAUGGUGUUGGGAAAACUGGAUAGCCAUGUGCAGAAAGCAGAAACUGGACCCCUUCCUGACACCGUACAAUAAAAUUAACCCCAGAUGGAUUAAAAACUUAAACGUAAGACCUAACACUAUAAAAACCCUAGAAGAAAACUUAGGCGAAACUGUUCAGGACAUAGGCAUAGGCAAGGACUUAUGACUAAAACACCAAAAACAUUGGCAACAAAAGCCAAAACAGACAAAUGGGAUCUAAUUAAACUCCUGAACUGGCAACCAGGAGAAUGGGAAAAAAUUUUCACAAUCGACCCAUCUGACAAAGGGCUAAUAUCCAGAAUCUUACAAAGAACUAAAUCAGAAUUGCAAGAAAAACAAACAAACAAACAAACCCAUUCAAAAGCGGGCAAAGGAUAUGAACAGACACUUUUGAAAAGAAGACAUAUAUGAGGCCAACAAACAUAUAAAAAAUGCUCAUCAUCACUGGUCAUUAGAGAAAUGCAAAUCAAAACCACAUUGAGAUACCAUCUCACACCAGUUAGAAUGAUGACCAUUAAAAAAUCUGGAGACAACAGAUGCUGGAGAGGAUGUGGAGAAAUAGGAACACGUUUACACUGUUGGUGGGAGUGUAAAUUAGUUCAACCAUUGUGGAAGACAGUGUGGCGAUUCCUCAAGGACCUAGAAAUAGAAAUUCCAUUUGACCCAGCAAUCCCAUUACUGGGUAUAUAUCCAAAGGUUUAUAAAUUAUUCCAUUAUGAAGACACAUGCACAUGUAUGUUCAUUGUGGCACUGUUUACAAUGGUAAAGACCUGGAACCAACCCAAAUGCUCAUUGAUGAUAGACUGGACAAGGAAAAUGUGGCACAUAUAUACCAUGGAAUACUAUGCAGCCAUAAAAAAUGAUGAAUUUGUGUCCUUUGUGGGAACAUGGAUGAAUUUGGAAACCAUCAUUCUCAGCAAACUAAUACAAGAACAGAAAAUCAAACACCGCAUAUACUCACUCAUA